AUGGGCACUGUAAGCAGUCGAAUAAGGUCCAGACUAAAUCCGGCCGCAGAAGAAGAACCUCCCGCGGGUGGAAAUGAGGAGGAGGAGCGUGCGGAAGCAGGAGCGGCGGUCGUCCCUGAAGAGCAGGCAGGUCAUUCGGGCACAGUCGCCACCGCUAGACAGCCAGGCCGCAAGCGGAAGGCCGGUCCAGGGGGGACGUUGGCAAAAGUUCCCCAUAGGGCAUUGACCAGAGAUGACUUGUUUUUCCUGAGGGAUGAAGACAGUGAUGUAAAAAUCUGUGCAUUUCAAGAGGAAUGGUGCUUGCACAGGGCCUACCUAUGCCGGUCGGGGUACUUUUCUAGCAUGUUCAGUGGUGCCUGGCAAGAGACAAACAUGAGUACAAUAGAGAUGCAGAUGCCCGAUGAGAACAUUGAUCGUGACUCUUUCCAUGAGGUUUUGGGCUUCUUGUACCGCGGAAGAAUUGAAAUUCCUCCCUGCCGAGUUGUUGCCACCUUGGCCGCAGCCUCUAUGCUGCAGUUGGAUGAGGUAAUUCGGCAAUGUGAGGUGAUAAUGAUGACGUCAGUCAAUGCUGAGACUGUGUGCACCUACUACUACUCUGCUGAGAUUUAUGGGCUUCGGGCCAUAAAAUAUAUUUGCCGCCAGUGGCUCUUGGACAACCUGAUGACCCGGCAAAAUGAUGAACUAUUGCUAGAAAUCAAUCUCGAUCUCAUGAAAGAGCUCAUUGCCUCUUCAGAUCUCUUGGUGGUUGAAGUGGAGAUGGACGUAUACACUACACUGAAAAAGUGGAUGUUCCUGCAGCUAGAACUCACUUCCACAGGAUCCCAAGAAGGACUGUUGCCUAUAGAACACUUGUGCUUUGCUAAGUACAAAAGCAAUUCAGAUGGUGCCUAUUUUCUGGACUGUGAACAGGGGAGAGCCUUUGUGCCGGUGUUCCAGCAGCUAAGGCUUGCCUACAUUAUCUGUGACCCGCCAUCAGCACACAUUAUUGACCAGGAUGAACUUAUCCCUGCAACAUGGCUGACCCGCGUAUACAAAGAACAAUGGCUAGCACUUCUUUGGGAAAAGCAAAACAGGAAACUUGGACCAAUGGAUGUCUACUUUUCUGACAUCCAUGGAAACAGCAUGAGGUGUUCAGGGAAACUUUACGCAGAUGAGGAACGCAGCUGGACCUGGCCUGGCUUCAAAUUUGCCUGGGACUUGGUAGUAUGCUACACCAACAAGCGCAUUAUAUUCCGCCGCAGUGCAUUGAAAACCUCCUGUGGCCUUGGCGUCAACUUACUCUGGCAGAGAAAAGUUGCCUUCCGUCUGCGGGUGAUCUCUUUGGACCAGACUGGGAAAGCAGUUUUUAGAAUGGAGACAGACUAUCAUGUUCUUUCUCUGAGAAAGGAUCAAGAGCUACCUGUAGUAAGCCUUGAAAACCAAGACACACGUUUCCCCAUGUAUGUGGCAUGUAACUUCCUGUACCUUGCUCCAGAGACUGCUUCUUGCAGUGGCAGAAGCAGGAGUGCAAGGCGAUAA